AUGCCAUUUUUUGGAUGGAUGAAAUGGCCAAAAAAUGAUUCCUACAAACAUACACACUAUGCUGGCUCAGACGCAGUGACAAAGACUCUGCUUCGAGAAUUAAAAUGGCAUCUAAAGGAACGGGAGAGAUUAAUACAAGAGAUUGAAAAUGAACAGAAAGUGAAAAAGACUGGCGUCGAUUACAACUGGCUGAGAAGCGGCCAGAAUUCCCACACAACCAUCUCAGCUACUGAACAAAGGCAACUUGAAGUUCUUUGCUCCCAAGUGCAGCCUUGCCAAACUGGAACUAUCCUCAGCAGAUUCCGAGAACUUCUAGCGGAAAAUGAUGUACUGCCAUGGGAAAUAGUCUACAUCUUCAAGCAAGUUCUGAAAGACUUCCUGAGCAGCCCUGACAGAGGGAGUCAGCAUGCUAGCCUGCAGGACUCCAGCUGUCCCCCUCUUACUGCACUCCCAGGUGAAAGCUCGUCUGCAAGGCCAGGCAAAGAUGAAAUACCCACCAUUUCAAGUUACGUAGACAGAAGCACCAAGAACAGGUUUCCAUGCUGCUCACACAGAGUAUGGAACCUCCCAUACUACCAUCCAUCAAGUUAA